AUGCGGACCGUUCCUGGUUCCAUCAACAUUCCCGUCGCCAAGUUCCCCGCCCCAUCCAAGACUCCCGCCAGCUCCGAUCCCCAAGAAGUUGCCUCGGCCCUGGUUGAGAACAUCAACCAGGCUGUCCAGAAGCACGACUACCCCGCUUUGGCGAGACUAUUCACAGAUGAUGGCUACUGGAGAGAUCACCUUGCUCUGUCUUGGGUGUUUCGAACAGUCCAAGGUCCCAGCGCCAUUCUUGACUUCUUGAAGAGCGCUGCUGGCUCUAAGGAUGGUUUCCGAUUGAAGAGCAUCGCCAUCGACAACAGCGCUGCCGUCCGAUCCCCCAAGACCAUCCCCAUCGAUGGACCCGCCACAGUUUUUGGUGUUCAGUUUUUCUUCACGAUUGAGACCGCUUUGGGCACUGGUCAGGGCCUUUUGCGCGCUGUUGAGCACAAUGGAGAGUGGAAGAUCUUUACCCUCUACACCCGUCUCCAAGAGUUCAAGGGAUAUGAGGAGUCCAUCAACGAGCACAGACCCAAGGGUGUCGAGCACGGUGGAAAGCCUGGCCGCAAGAACUGGGCCCAGCGAAGGGCUGCCGCCGCCAACUUUGAAGAUGGAAGCGAGCCUGCUGUGUUGAUCAUUGGUGCUGGUCAAGCCGGUCUGACCGCCGCUGCCCGACUUAAGAUGCUGGGCAUCGAGGCCAUCGCCAUCGACCAGAACGACCGUGUCGGCGACAACUGGAGGAAGCGAUACCAUCAGCUGGUUCUCCACGAUCCUGUCUGGUAUGAUCACAUGCCUUACCUCAAAUUCCCGCCCCAGUGGCCCAUCUUCACCCCCAAGGACAAGCUUGCUCAGUUCUUUGAGGCCUACGCCACGCUCCUCGAGCUCAACGUCUGGACGAGAACCUCCAUCGUCGACACCAAGUGGGAUGACACUACCAAGUCCUGGUCUGUUUCUGUCGAGCGCAAGAAGGAGGACGGCUCUGUCGAGAAGCGAACCUUCCACCCUCGCCACGUCAUCCAGGCGACCGGCCACUCCGGAAAGAAGAACAUGCCUACCAUGAAGGGCAUUGAGAACUUUAAGGGUGAUCGCCUGUGCCACUCUUCCGAGUUCCCCGGCGCUCAGGAGAACAGCAAGGGCAAGAAGGCCAUCGUUGUUGGAUCUUGCAACUCGGGACAUGACAUCGCCCAGGACUACCUCGAGAAGGGCUACGAUGUCACCAUUGUCCAGCGAUCCAGCACUCACGUUGUUUCUUCCAAGGCUAUCACCGACAUCGCUCUGGGGGGUAUCUACUCUGAAGACGGACCCGAGGUUGACGACGCCGACCUUCUCAUCCAUGGCCUGCCCACCCCCGUCCUCAAGGCCAUCCAAGUCACCGUCUGCCAGAAGCAGGCCGAGCACGACAAGGAGAUUCUCGACGGUCUCGACAAGGCCGGCUUCAAGGUCGACCGCGGCCCUGACGGCGCCGGACUCUUCUUCAAGUACUUCCAGCGCGGAGGAGGCUACUACAUCGACGUCGGCGCCUCCAAGCUGAUCGCCGAGGGUAAGAUCAAGGUCAAGCACGGCCAGGAGAUCGACACCGUCCUUCCCCACGGCCUCCGUUUCGCCGACGGCAGCGAGCUUGAGGCCGACGAGAUCAUCUUUGCCACAGGCUACCAGAACAUGCGAACCCAAACCCGUGUCAUGUUUGGCGACGAGAUUGCCGACCAGGUCGGUGACGUCUGGGGCUUCAACAAAGAGGGAGAGAUGAGAGUCAUGUGGCAGAAGAGCGGCCACCCAGGCUUCUGGUUCCACGGUGGUAACCUGGCCAUCUGCCGGUACUACUCGAAGCUGCUGGCACUCCAGAUCAAGGGUCUUGAGGAGGGUCUUUACGAGUACAAUGAUUUGUAA